AUCACAUGGGACUCCAAACCAAGUUUACAGAGGCUGUUGGCGUACAGCAUCCAUUGAUGCAAGGUGGAAUGCAAUGGGUUGGUACUGCAGAGCUAGCCAGUGCAGUAUCGAAUGCUGGUGCAUUGGGCAUACUCACUGCUCUUACUCAGCCUACUCCGGAUGCGCUUCGCAACGAGAUCCAACGUUGUCGCAAAAUGACUUCUCGACCUUUUGGAGUAAAUCUGACCAUUUUACCAGCCAUCAACCCUCCACCCUACGAGAAAUAUGUUGAUGUAAUUAUCGAAUCGGGCAUAAAAGUAGUCGAGACUGCUGGUAGCAACCCUCAUGAACACGUCAAACGAUUUAAAGCAGCAGGAAUUAUCGUGAUCCACAAAUGCACUGCUAUUCGUCAUGCGAUUGCUGCACAAAAAAUAGGUGUGGAUUUUGUAUCUAUUGACGGAUUCGAAUGCGCUGGACAUCCUGGCGAGGAUGAUGUGGGUGGAAUGAUCCUUCUUGCCAAGGCUGCCAAAAGUUUAAAAAUUCCAUACUUGGCUUCUGGAGGAAUCGGGGACGGACGUGGUGUUGCUGCUGUACUGGCACUCGGUGCAUGUGGUGCAAAUAUGGGCACCCGAUUUAUGUGCACUGUAGAGUCUCCAAUCCACCACAACAUCAAGGAAGCUAUUGUCGCAGCAACUGAACGAGAUACAGCACUCAUGUUUCGUACGCUUCAUAAUACUGCAAGGGUAUUCAAAAAUAAGGUUUCUUUAGAGGUGGUAAAGAUUGAACAGCGUCCAGGAGGUGCCAAGUUUGAAGAUGUGCGAUCGUUGGUGUCUGGAGAACGUGGUCGUCAAGUCUACACGACCGGAGAUCCAGAAUAUGGAGUUUGGACAGCCGGUCAGGUAGUAGGCCUGAUUGAUGAUAUUCCAACAUGCAAGGUACUGGUUUCCCGAAUCGUAAAUGAUGCUGAACAGAUUAUUGAAGCACUGCAAAAGUUGCGGUACAACCAGUCUCAUACGAGCAAGUUAUGAAACACUUUCAAUAAACUU